AUGGCAAACUCAAGGUUUGAAUACGUCAAGUUAUUCGAGCAGCCGGACGUUUUGCUCCCGAAUACUUGGAUCGUCGUGCGCAUUGAUGGGAGGGGAUUCCACAAGCUCUCUGAUCGCUAUGCAUUUGCAAAGCCCAACGACCGUCGCGCGCUGGACUUGAUGAACGCCGCAGCCGUCGAGGUGAUGAAAGAACUCCCAGAUUUAUGCAUUGCAUACGGAGUCAGCGAUGAAUAUAGUUUCGUUUUCCAUCCCAGCUGCCAAUUAUUUGAAAGGCGGGAUGCCAAGCUUGUGACUACGAUCGUGUCUACUUUUACGGCGCAUUACAUACAUCAAUGGGGUACAUAUUUCCCCGAUACGCCUCUGCAGCCACCAUAUCUGCCGUCGUUUGAUGGGAGGGCAGUCAUAUACCCUACUACUAGGAAUUUGCGGGAUUAUAUGAGUUGGAGACAGGUUGAUUGCCAUAUUAACAAUCUCUACAAUACGACAUUUUGGACUAUGGUGCUGCAAGGUGGGAUGAGUAACACUGAUGCUGAGCAGGAGUUGAAGGGAACCAUAUCAUCGGUCAAGAACGAGAUUUUGUUCAAGAGGUUCGGGAUCAAUUAUAACAACGAGUUGGACAUUUAUAAGAAGGGGAGCGUGCUGUAUCGUCAGUAUCAACUAGAAGAAGUCAAGCCAAAGCAAAGCUCUACAGAUCCUUAUGCAGAGGAAGAAGCUGCUCCCGGGCAGGAAACGACUUCCAGAUCGCAGCAGGACAAGAUCCGCAAAUUGCGCCGAAAAGCGCAGGUUGUGGUUGAUCAUAUCGAUAUUAUCAAGGAUGAGUUUUGGGAGAGAAGACCUUGGAUUCUCUCGAAUAAACCGGGCAAGUUACCCGCUGAGGCUUAA